UUUUAUCUUCACAUUGGCACCAUAUAAACCUUCAUCAAGGCCUGUUCAUAUACAUAUGUGUAUCUACACAAACAACUGACCAAACACAUUUUGAUCAAUCAUGCAUCCUCAAGUGUUUUUCAUUUUCUCACUUCUCUUGCUAGACCUUCAGACUAUAACUACAAACCAAUUGGUAGCAAUGGGAAGAGACACUAAUGGCGUUGUCAUCAAUAAGAAAUGCAUCGAUAAAGAUAGACGUGCGCUCCUUGAUCUCAAAACUCGCCUUCAAGACCCUAAAGGCGUUUUGUCUACAUGGAAAACUGAAGAAGAAGCCGACGACUGCUGUAAAUGGAACGGAGUCACAUGCAACGGCACAACAGGUCAUGUCACACAACUUGAAUUGUCCGGCCUUGGAGGUGAGAUUGGCCCUUCUUUGAGUGACUUAGCCUAUUUGGAACAGUUUGCACUUGAAUGCCCCGAAAGAUGUGUGAUCGAAAACAUAGACUGGUUAGCGAAUCUUUCUCAUCUACAAACACUUAGUAUGGAAGGAAUUUUCAUAGCUAAAGCAAAUCAUUGGGUAGAUGUAUUUCAAACUCUACAAAAACUAUCGUCGUUAACACUAUAUAAAUGUGACCUCUCACAAGUCAUGUAUCCUGCGUAUUCUUCGUCAUUUGACAACUCUUUUUCAUCAUCUAUCCAAACCCUUGAGCUCUCGAACAACAAUCUCAACUCAUCCAUGUAUCAUUGGUUGUUUCCGUUAACUAGCAACAACCUCUCUACUCUUGAUCUAUCUGAAAACAUGUUAGAUGGAAUACCAAAAUAUUUUGGAAACCUUUGUGGUUUAACAUCAUUAAGAAUUAAUAACAACUCCGCGCCUAUCAAGUUUCCUGAUUUUCUAAGAAAUUUGUCUGGAUGCACAUCGGAUACGUUACAACUGUUACAAGCUAUAAGAAGCCAACUUACCGGCCCAAUUUCAGAUGAGAUCCAAGUGUAUUCAUCCCUAAAGUUCUUAAACCUGUUUAAUAAUCACUUAAAUGGGGCUAUAAGUGAUAAAUUGUGGGAACUACCUAUGCUUGAAACUUUUGUGGCUUUUUCGAAUUUUCUUAGCGGUGCUAUCUCUGAAAACAUUGGAAAGUCGAAGCUUUGGAAGUUACAUCUUUCAAACAACUCACUGAAUGGAGUUUCGGAUCGUUCCGCAGAUCAUAUGUUAAACAUGUCUUAUGUAGAGUAUAUUGAUUUGAGCUCUUGCAAGCUCGGGCCUCGCUUCCCUAGAUGGAUUCAAAAACUCAAAAAUCUUACUCGUCUUGAUAUUGCGAAUAAUGGAAUUUCAGAUUCGGUUCCUCUAGACUUUUGGAAUAAGUGGCCAUCUCAAUUAGCAUAUUUGAAUCUCUCUUCCAAUAACAUCACAAUGGAAGUACCAGAUUUAUUAUCGAAUUUCAAUGGUCUUUCUUCGGCAAUAGAUUUGAGUUCCAACAACCUUUAUGGUCCGAUACCAAAUGUUUCUUCCACUGUGAUGUUAUUAAAUCUUUCCAGAAACAAAUUCUCUGGAGGAAUCUCUUUUUUAUGCGAAAUUGUUGGUGGAUACUUAUACUUUCUUGAUCUCUCCAAUAACUUCUUAACUGGUCAAGUUCCGGAUUGUUUAUGGAAUUUUAAAUCUCUAGAUGUGCUAAAUCUAGGCCACAACAAUUUUUUUGGAAGGCUUCCUGCUUCCAUCGAAUCUUUGUUCAAUCUCGAGGUGUUGUAUCUAUAUAAGAACAAGUUUACGGGAGAACUGCCUUUGUCUCUAAAGAACUGCACGAAUUUGAAGUUCUUGAAUUUGGGGGUUAACAAUUUUUCCGGUAAUGUGCCUGCUUGGAUUGGAGAAAACCUAUCAAAGUUGUAUGUUCUUAGCCUAAGUGCAAACAACUUUUUCGGAACUAUCCCUUUACAAUUGUGUCAACUAGUGAAUCUUCAACUUCUUGACCUGUCAAAAAACAAUCUAUUCGGAACCAUCCCAUCAUGCAUGAAUAAUCUUACUACCAUGGUUCAAGAAGGACUUAUUCCAACACGAACUGAGUACGUUUUUUCCAUUCCAUGGUAUAAUCCAAGAUAUGCUCAUCAAGAUUUCAUUUUUCAUUCGUAUUUUGACCAUGCAACGAUUGAGUGGCAAGGAAAUGUACGUGAAUUCAGUAGCAUUCUUGGAUUGCUUAGGAUCAUUGAUCUAUCAAGCAACAACCUAACAGGACAAUUUCCAUACGAACUCACCAAUCUCCAUGGACUAAUUGCAUUAAACUUGUCGAAGAACGCUUUAGGUGGAGAGAUUCCAUGGAAAAUUGGUGACAUGAAAAAACUUUUAACUUUGGAUAUAUCAAGAAACAAUUUUUCAGGAGGGAUACCAUCAAGCAUGGCUCAGAUGACUUCAAUAAAUUAUCUAGACGUGUCGUAUAAUAACUUGUCAGGUAGAAUUCCGUCUAGCACUCAACUCCAGUCCUUUGAACCAUCAAGAUAUAGUGGAAACGCAGGACUAUGUGGACCUCCCAUUACUAAAAAUUGUAUUGGAGAUGACGAAUCUGAAGUACCACCCACUCUUGGUGAAAGUGAAGGCGGCAGGGAAGACGUAGAUGAGCUUCAAAGGUGGUUUUAUAUCGGUGGGGGCAGUGGUUUUGUUACUGGCUUUUGGAUAGUAUGUGGCACGUUAGUUCUCAACCGUCAUUUGAGACAUGCGUUUUUUCACUUUCUUGAUCGCGUGAAAAAUGUGGUUUAUGUGAAGGUGAUGGUGUUCAUUGCAAAGUUGCAAAGAGCGGCACUGUGACAACCGGCGAAAAUAAUGGUAAAUGAAUGGAUCUUGGUGCAGUCGGUUCUCAAGAAGCUUUUGGGUUAUCAUAUUAUCAAUGUCAUCCUUUUGAAGGGUUUGAUCCAUAUAUCUCAUCUUCAAUGGGAUAUAGGAAGCAAAGCCUUAUGUUUCAAAAUUAUGUUGAACUGGUCUUUUGUAAAAACUUAUAACUUAUGUCAUCUUGUACCUUAAACGACUUAUGGUGUGUAUCUUUUAGUUAUGUCAAUGGAUGAACAUCGUGUGUUUUUAAUCU